AUGGAUUAUUUAGAGGGUCAUCUUUGUGCUCACAUAGCCUUCACUUGUUUUUGUGAUGUUGGAUAUCAUAUCAUUACCCCUCCUAGUAGUGCCCAAGAAAACAACCCAUCACUUCCUAAUAAACUCGAAGUUCUGUUUCGGAGUUCCCAUAAUCAAAUUGAAGACGGAACGGCCAUAACUGUGUCUUGUACAAGUAGUGAGCGUACGGAUGUGAUUAAGAAUUUUAAGUCGUGUAGUUUACUUAUACACAAAAUAGUUGGUAUUCUUUCGGAUUUAGAAGCUCCUGAGUGCUGUUUUGAUUACAUUACUGGUCGUUUAUUGAAUUGUGUAACUGGAAUUCCAGCAGAAUCCUUGCAAGGUGGUUCGUUUUGCCUUACCGCAUGCGUAAAAAUUACUUACAAAGAGAAUUUGGAUGUACAAGAAGCGGAUGAUAUGAUUGAUGCUGCUGUAACUGAAUCAAUGGAGGAAGAUAAUGUAAAAAGGAUUCGAGCAUCGAAAUCGUUUAUCGAUGGAUUGAAGAAAGAGGAAUAUAGACAUAACAAUGGAGAUAAUAACGAUAGUAGCAGAACUACCACUAGCUGUGCAGUGUGUUUGGAAAGGAUGACAGAUGGAUCCGAAAUAAGCAAAAUGCCGUGCUCGCAUAUGUUUCAUUAUGGUUGUCUGGUUACUUGGUUGGAUGAAAGCAACUCUUGCCCCGUAUGUCGAUGCAAGGUGGAUUCGACUGAGUAG